UCACAACUUUCCCUCUUCAUUUCAAGUGCGAAUACCUUUUCCUUCGAAGUUGUUUUAGCAAAGCACUUGUGAUAGCAGACGAUAACAAGAGUUUUCUUUAUCUCUGAUUUAUUUUGUGAUGGUGUUGCAAAUAAUUAUACUUUUAUCGUUUGAGAUUUUAAUGAUAGCGAUAGGGGCAAAAUGCUACUCGAACUUCGGAAAUAAGCAUUUAUUAUUGCUACAGCUGACGAGUGGUAAUUGAUCGCAUCUAAAGGAUACAGUUGUUAGUUAUAGACAAUGUGAUUUGGAUUUCUCUUUUGAAUCAGUGUUUCAAAAAAUGUGUCACUGAAUAAAAUAUUUCAAGGUGAGUUAAUUAAAGUAAUCCCAAAAACAGAAAGGGAAAAAAAUGAAGUCAUUAGUCCUAUAUUUAAUGAUAUCCUUGUCAGGAAUGGUCUUCGGCGCUGAGAUCGUUGCCAGUCACAUCACACAGUCCAUAGUGCUACUCGUCAGCGCAUACCACAUGCUCUAUAAUAUUUUAUCACUUCUUCUCCUUGUCAUCAGCUAUAGAAUGUCCAAAGAGAAAACCAUGAAGAAUACAUUUGGUUGGGCUAGAGUAAAAGUGCUGGGAUUGCUUGUCAACAUGUUGUUCCUGUCUGCCCUUUGCUUCUCUGCCUUAGUUGAAUCAGUGCAAACCAUCGUCCACGCAUCUCAUGAAGAUACGAUACCGAGAUACCCCAUGCUUAUGGUCAUCCUCGGCGCCGUCAACUUCAUUGUAAAUAUUAUCUGCUUCACUUUAAUAGGAGGUUACACUCACCAUCAAGGUUGCUCCAUGACAAUCAAAGAAGACGAUAUGCAAGUGAACUGCAUCGUUCUGGAUUCAGUUAAUAACAGAAGAGUGUGCUCAAAUAGUCUGAGAUCAUCGUUCGAAUACCUGAGGAACACAAGAAGAUCUGGCUUCUACAGUAAUCACCAAGUUUUGGAUGUCUCACGUGACGUGUCUUCCUGCUUAGUGGUCAUAGUUUGUGGCUGUAUUCUACUCCUUAUGAAUGGCCUCAUUCUCAAGUAUGCGGAUGCUAUUUUGGCCAUAGCAUCUGUUACUGUAUUAUAUGGUUCUACCUAUCCUUUCAUCCGUGAAUUUGGCUUGAUCAUGUUGCAAAGUAUACCAAGUCAUAUUGAUGUUUCUGGCCUGACAAGAAGACUUCUAAUAGAGCUCCCUGAUAUACUGAAUGUCCAUCAUCUUCAUGGGUGAUUUGAGUGAAGUAAAUAAUUCUGAAUGCAUUCUUCAAUGCUCUGUGUCCAACAACUGCAAAGCCUUGACUUGUUGUGGCCCGAUCACAGGCGGGCCCGAAUGCUCAGCACGCUUACGAUGCAACGCGAAUGAAGCGAUCGCUUUUGCCAAAGAAAACAAUCUAAAUCAGAUUCCAAACAAAAUCGAGAACAAUCUGUAUCAUCUGGAACAGAUGCCCGCCAAAGUGGAAAAUCACCAGAACAAUCUCUAUUUGUACCAGGACGAAAAGGAUUCUGAAUUUUUCCCGUUGACGUCCGACUAUGAUUUUAGCACUUUUAGAACAACUAGAGAAACCACAAUGUGAUAUGCACGGAAUUUGUAUUGUGUUAAAGUUACUACGCUCAAUUUACUAUAGUACUUACUCGAUCAAUUUUAUUUUUAGUUUUGUAUGUGCAAGUUGCAAGGAAAAAUCAGGAGUCUAUCAAAUAACUUUAGAACUUAAAAAAUUGCUAAUGGAACAAGUGCCUUAUAUUCCAACGCUAAAAAGGACAUCAGUGCCCUCUAGUGAUGAAAUUCCUGGGAAAUCGUUCCUUUUUUUCAAAACUACAUUAUUUAGGUAUCAUUCGUACGAUUCACAAGAUAUAAAAAGUAAAAUAUAAUUAUAACUAUUAUAAUUUAUUAUAUUUUACUACAAAUUAUAUUUUAGUCAAGAAAUGAUGAAAUUACUUUGUUAGCAAAAAUUAGACACUUGUCUAAUACUGCAGCUUUAUCAGUUAACAUGCUAAAAAAAUCAAAGAGAAGAACGGUUUAUGUCCAUGAAAAUUGAUUAUGAGAGAAAAAAAAAUGAAUUUCAAAGCGGGCAUGAAACGUUUCUCCUUAUCUUCACAUAGUAAUAACUCUCGGGGGGAAAACGAUAAUAAUCCUCAAAAUGCAACAGAUAGAGAUCGAAUCGUCAUUUUUCGAAAAAUGGACAUUAACCGUUCUUCCCUCUUGAUCUGUAUUUGUAAUUACAUACUGAUUUUACAUGACAUCCUGUUGGAGCUUUAUUUUCAAAUCAAUUUAAAGUUUCAUAAUUUAUAAAUUACUUUUAAAUUGUUAUAAAUAAAGAAUAUAGAACAAUAUAUAAAUGUAAAACAAUUUGUUAUAAGAAAUUUUUACUGCAAAUUUAAAAAUCAAGCCUAUAGAUUUAGAACUGAAGAACUUCCCAUAUCAUGUAUCAAAAUUAGAAGAGAAAUUAAAAGAAAAAUGCUUCAUAGCUUUUUAAUAUUUUUGUUACUAUUUUUUGUAAUGUUUUACAAGUUUGUUGCUUCUCUUUAAUUGAAACAUUGAAAAAAAACAGAGUUUAUUAUAUAUAUAUUGUAUGUUCUCUAUAAUAUUUGAUCGAAUAUUUUUGAUGAAUAAUAAACCAUAAUAUUAGAUAAAUUUAUAUUUGAUCUUAUAUUAAAUUGAUUUACUUAAGUUGGAUUACAAUUUUUUAAGAAUAAAUACUAUGUGGUGCUACAACAUUAUGAUAUUAUAGAUUGUAAAUAAAAUUUAUACUUUUGUA